AGCAGCGGGUGGAGGCAGCCCCAGCCCCUCGUCCCACCGAAGACCGCCAGCUGCUCCCCUUCGCCGCCGCGACAUGAGCCAAGCCCGCUGGUCGGGAGAGAGGACGGACAUGCUCCCGGAGAUCGCCGCCGCGGUGGGCUUCCUCUCCAGCCUCCUGAGGACCCGGGGCUGCGUGAGCGAGCAGAGGCUGAAGGUUUUCAGCGGGGCGCUCCAGGAGGCGCUAACAGAACACUACAAACACCACUGGUUUCCUGAAAAGCCAUCCAAGGGCUCAGGCUACCGCUGCAUCCGCAUCAACCACAAGAUGGACCCCAUCAUCAGCAAGGUGGCCAGCCAGAUUGGACUCAGCCAGCCCCAGCUGCGCCAGCUGCUGCCCAGCGAGCUGACCCUGUGGGUGGACCCCUACGAGGUCUCCUACCGCAUCGGGGAGGACGGCUCCAUCUGCGUCCUGUAUGAGGAGGCCCCGGUAGCCACCUCCUACGGGCUCCUCACCUGCAAGAAUCAAAUGAUGCUGGGCCGGAGCAGCCCCUCGAAGAACUACGUGAUGGCGGUCUCCAGCUAGAGCCAACUACAUGAUGGCCGUCUUCAGCUUAGAGCCGUGGCCGGCACCUGCUGUGCUCGCUCUGUGUGACAACAGCCCAUUGCAUACCUCAACCUGGGGAACUGGAUUUUAAAUGAAGAGCUAUUUAUAUAUAUAUAUAUUAUUUUUUUUUAAGAAAAGGGGAGAAAAAAAACCAAAAGAUUUUUCUAAGAAAAAAAAAAAUCCUUAAAGGGGGCCACUUGGAAGCGGCCUCCCCAGGUGCCUUGGAGAGAACUGUUGUGCCAUUGAGUGUGGGAGUCAGCGUCUGCCUGUGGGAGCGGGAGGGCUGUGGGGUGGGCCUGGCCAAGGUGUCAGGUGGGAGAAUGUGACGGGGAGCAAGCAAGGUUAGCAACUGUGAAUGAGAGCGGUGGGGAUCUGUCCUGGCUGGAGAGGGGAGACUGAGCUCCACCCUCCCCCUCCCAGCCAGGAGCCAGUCCCUGACCCCUCUCUUACUCAGGGGCAUUCAAGCCUGGAUUUAAAACCGUACUAUGUUGCCUAAUCUUCUCUUUUUCUGAUGAGAUCCUGGGCAGAACCCCCUCCUUAUUCUUUCUGUCCUUAAGCAGCUUCUCUGGAAAUCAUGAUUUGUUUCUAAUUCUGUUCUCAGGGGCCUGUAGAUGUGGCUUCCCAGCCAGGAAUCUAAAACCUUGCUGGUGGGGGUUGGGGAGCCAGGCAGGGGUUGGAGGCUAUCAGGGUAGGUUGGGAAGGGUUCUCUGCAUAAGGCCUUUGCUUUGCUAUGCGCUGCUGUGAGUGUGUGUGGUGAAUAACUUGAGGGUGAUUUGCAAUGGAUUUUGGAACCCAAAGAGUGUCCACUGGGGACGUUUUUUGGCCCAAACCCUUCUUUCUGGAACAAUGUACAGGCUCUGAUGCUGCUGCCACAGUCCCUUUGAGAGGUGGCUCAAAGCUCCAGGGAACUCCAGGUCCUUAUGGCUUCCUCUUUCCAAAAGCACAAUACUCCAAGCGCCUUCUCUCCCGUCUGGCUGGGUCACAGAGCUACCCGAUUUUCUAGGACAAGAGUCACUGUGCAAUAUGGCCUCUGGGAUCCCAGGAGGGUCCGGAGGAGAACUGGCUCUGAGAACCUGCCGGGACCCUGGUGGCCUAGGGAACCAUCUCUCCCCCUGCCCUGGGACCAUGGCUGGCUGGUCAGCCUUGCAGGUGAUCCUUGGUUGAGGGGGAGAAUGCCCCAGGUUCUGCAGGACUACCUGGUAUUCUUGUGGGGCUGACACUAGAAGCCAAACUGUGGGCAUCGAUUUCUCUCCUUGGUGCUCAGAGCACCUGGGGAGAUGUUGCUGUCUCUCUCAGUACAAUCCAGAUUUGUCUAUAGACUUGUGCAAUAUUUACUGUUCUGGUUUGGAGAAAAAUGGAAAACUGCACUGGGAAGACACCCCCUUUUUUCAGCUUCUCGGUGACAUAUGUGAGGGGUCCUAAGAAGGCCUUGAGUUUCCCAAACUCGAAUCACCUUAAGGACUUAGCUAGAGCAUCUGGCCAGCUGGCUACUCUCCUGCUUGCCCCUGCUGAGGGAUCCUCCUCCCCCGCCAGUCCCCUGUCCUGGAUUUAUUUCUUAACUACUCAAAUCUGACUCAAAGGUGCUAUUUACCAAACACUCUCCCUACCCGUUCCUGCCAGUUCUGCCUCCUUCUCGACUCUCCAGAUUCCGAGCUGCCUUCCCAGAUCCUGCUUCCAGUCUUUAUCGCUUUAAAGCUAACUCAGGCCCGCAGACCCCGGAGUGCCUGUCCGGCCUGUGGGCCGAAACCAAGCUGUGAAUCACUGCAGAUCGUGUGCUUGCGUCCUGUUUGCAGACAGGCUCCUGCCUUUUUAGAAGCAGCUCCUGGUCUCACGCUUCCUUUUCUCCUUUUUGAUGUUCACUUUAAAAACAACAAAGCCCCCGGAGCUGGACUGUUGAGCAGGCCUGUCUCUCCAAUUAAGUAAAAGUGAAUAAUCAUAGUACAUUUGUAAGCUAUUCUGACAGAAAAGACAAAGGUUACUAAUUGUAUCAUAGUGUUUUUAUAUGGAAGAAUGUACAGCUUUAUGGACAAAUGUACACCUUUUUUUGUUACUUUAAUAAAAAUGUAGCAGAGAAGUGUGGUGUAGAGAAGGGAAGAUCCCCACAUCACUGGUUUGUCUUUCCCUGAAUCCCACUCUGUGGUGUCACAGAACUUCAGCUGCUCAGGAGAGUGUGGCCCUGGUUGGGACAACAGGGAAAUCUAGUGUGUGGUGGAUGACAGCCGAGCAGCCCCCUCCUCGGGGGCACCCCCUGCCCGUCCCCCUGCUGCACAUCCUGUUCUUACCAGGCGUGAGUUGUCAGCGGUGCAGGCACAGGAAGACAGUGCAAGUGGUGAAGACCCUUGUCACAGUCAGGGGACGCCGACCCCCUCCCAGGCUGGGGCAGGGAUGUUAGAAAUGCCUGGUGUAGAUGCUCACCUCUGGGGCUGCAUUUGCUGCUCACCACUAGCAGCUGAGCCUCAGGGCCUGUGCCCCUAGCCGGGGUGGCCAUCACCCCCAGUGAGCAUAGCUGCCCUUCCCAGUAAGCACCGAGGUCUGUCAGCAACUUCUAAUUCCCCUUGGUUAUAUGGGUAGGAGUUAUUUUUGGAAAUAAGGACACUACCAACUCUGGGGGCUUCUUCCUGUGCAGUUUGACACAGCUUCCCCCACGCCCAUCCUGUGCAAUUCCCACUAAAGUAUUAGCACAUCUUUGACCUGGGCUCAUUCUUUUUGGCCACAAAAAGGCGUGUUGUAUUCAAGUUUUAAACAUAUUGACUGAACAGUGCCCCCCUCCCUCACCCCCAACCCCAUACACACUUUAUUUCAUACCCCUGUGGCCCUCAUCAGUACAUGCUGGCCUAGGAGUGAGAGGUGGGAGGCAGGCCAGGGGGCCCUGUGUGGGGCACUGGAGGGCAGAGGAGGCAGGGAGGGGAGAAACCAGCUCAUCUGCAUCGCAAAUGGAGUUGGUUAAGGGCGCCCAUUUGUGUCAGAUUUCCAUCGGAAGCUUCUAACCGCAAUGUCCUUAGUUAAAAGGAUUCACUUUUUUGGAGGGAGGACAGGGCUUGAGUUGAAGACCUUGCCCACCCUGGUGUGCUGUUCCCUUAGUCAUUAUACAGUCAGCAUCUACUUUCCUGAUAGGCCCCAUUCACGACAGUCUAGUAAAAACUCUGAAAUUCAGGGAAGGUUGCCUGGAGGCCAAGGGGACAUUGUCACCUGCCUGUGUCUCCAGCCCAAGAAACCGGAGAAUGACAAGAUUCAGCUCUAGGUUGCUCUUGGCUCUUAAUAGACUAAUUGUACCACAACUUAAUGAGAGAGGAUUCUGUGAUCAAGCCGUGCAUUUUCUACUUUGGAUCUGACCAAUUUCAGUUCCAUCUGACCAAUUUCAGUAGGAGGGGAGAGGGCCCUGGGGCCAGUAUGGACUGUGGCAGGAACUGCUGAGGGUUGGAGCAGUCCCCCGGGCUGUUCCCCAGCUUCCCAGCCUGGUAAACAGGCCGACCUGGGAGACGGUGCUCAUUCAGCUGUUUCUGGGUGAUAAUGCACCUCCCGGAGCGUGGGCAAGACCCUGGGAGCUGCUGAUUAACAGCCCGUCCUGCUUCCUGAUAAGGAGGUUUGGGUGGGGGCGUCCUUGAUGCUGCAAUAAGUCCCAGAAGGAAGAACCCACUUCAGAGUGUGACAUCUGCUUCCAUAGCAGUCUUUGGCCAGAAAAGAUAGUGAGGACUCUUGCCUUCCAGGCCAGGACCAAUACCCCCAGCCCAACAAUCCUGUGCAGGAGAAAGUUCUGGGGUGGGAGGGAAGAUCUGUGGGUUGUGGUCUGGGUUCUUCUUCCAAACUGGCUGUGUUGAGUCUGGAUAAGCCCCUCAAUUUUCCUAUCUCAGAAAUUAGGGGGUUGGAUGAAAUGACCUCUGUUCUAAAUCAUCUCCAUUAUCCUAGCAAUCACUGGAGGCCAAAUUAGCACAAUUAUUAUCAUUAUUUUCAAUUAGUUGAACUGAAGGGUCAUUUGGGCUGGGAAGUUGGGUAAUCUUCCCUUGCUUAGCUGAGACUCCAGCCUGAUAAGGUUUCAAUUUGCAAAUAAAGAGCAGCGCAUGCUGCAUAGAGGCUGGGAAUGUGGGCUCUAGUGUCAGGUUUCCUAAGGUCCAGCCGGCUUGCCCACCUGCCUGCUGGCCCUGCAACCUGGGACAAGUUACUUAAGCCAUCAGGCUUCCAUCCCCCCAUUUGUGAAAUGGGAUUAAGAAUAGAACUCAUCACAAAACAUUGUUGUAAGAAUUAAAUGAGAUCCAUGAGGCACUUGGAACAGAGUCUUGCCCAUUUAAGUACAGCUGGGCCGUAAAUGAAUUUCAUUUGUUGAGACCUUAUAAUGUUGGUGAGAAAGUGUUGUAGAGCAACCCCGAUACAAAACGGGGUGCCUGACUGUGGGUCCUCACCCGCGCGCUUAAAAGGACUUAUCAAUGCUCUACUGCAGGCACACGUGAAAGGUUAAUAAAAGGUUUAUUUACAAAGGGAAGGGGAAAUGAGGAAAUGUACAGCUCUGGGAGAAAAAGUGGGAGACAAAGUUUUAAAUGAGUCCUACCCGAUCCGCCUAUUAGGAAUCCCAAAAUGGCGCUCUGAGCGCUGGCCGCCAGCCAGGAGCCGUGAAGCCAGGAGGCGAGCGAUCGCGAGCCAGAGAGAGAGCCCAAGGCCC